ACGUAUUAUUCAGUCGCCGUCAGGGCUAGCGGUGAUUCCUCGGGUCAGGUCGGUCGGAGGGAUCUUUGGAGGACAGUUCAGUCAUGGCGCUGCGGGUGAUCCGGCUGGUGCCCCCGUCGGGAGCUGCUGCUGUCAGAGCGCUGAACACAGCACAGAAGGCAGGUGUUCACACAAGUUCCGCGAGAAGCCUCCAGUAUGGCUGGUUGUCCUAUAUUCUGGGCGAGAGGACGACGCCACGGUUAAGUCAGUACAGCAAAAUCAUCUCUGUGGACGGCAACUUGGCUUCGGGGAAAGGAGCGCUGGCCCAGAAACUGGCCGACCAGCUGGGGAUGCUCUACAUGCCCGAGGCCGACACGACCUACGUGGACAAGAUGAUGGGGGAGAAGGAGCCGCUCCCCGAGAUCUUCAACGGGAUGUGCAACCUGGAGAAGUUCUACAAGGACCCCAAAGCUGCAGACGGAAACAGCUACAGGCUGCAGCUGUGGAUGUAUCUCAUGAGGCUGCUUCAGUACUCCGACGCCCUGGAACACUUGAUCAGCACAGGCCAAGGCGUGAUCCUGGAGCGUUCCCCCUACAGCGACGUGGUCUUCCUGGAUGCCAUGUUCAAAGAGGGCUACAUCAGGAAGGCGUGUGUGCAGCACUACAACGAGGUGAAGGGCAUCAGCAUCUGUGAGUUCCUGCCUCCUCACCUCGUCAUCUACUUAGACGUUCCCGCCGAGGAAGUGCAGAAGAAUUUGAAACAGAGCAGCAAGCCUUAUCUUCAGGACGUGCCCCUGACGUAUCUGAAGAGCAUCGAGGAAGCAUACAAAAAGUCUUUUCUGCCCCAGAUCAGCGAAACAUCAGAGCUGCUCACUUACAACACAACCCAAGCCCAAGAUGUUGAAAAGAUCUUAGAAGACAUUGAAAUUUUGAAGUUCAACAAAGGGCCGUGGUUGGAGCAGGACGAUGUCACCUUCCACUACCUGAGGGUGCUUGUGGAGAACAAGCAGCAUGUUGCAUCGCUGCCCCACAUACCCCGUUUCCUGCCAGAGAUAACCGUCGGGGCCCACGAAGACGACAAAAAAUACUACGCCUACAGAGGGCUUCCUGGUAAGAUGUACGCGCGUGGUUAUAAUGCAGAUAUUGGAGACAAAAACAUCUGGUUCAAGUAAACGAGUUCACAGGCUGAUGUCACUAAGCUGAUCUGCUCGCCGGGUGAACUCCGGACCGCUCGUCUGGUAUUGAUCCGCUUGUCCUCUGUUGUACAUCCUAAAUAAUAUGUGUAUGUAUUAAAAUAAUAAAUUUUGAAAUCAAGUAAA